GUCAUCUCGUUUGGAUAUGUAUAUUUUCUCAGCGCUAAUUAUAGCAUCCACGUGAUCUUAAACAUGUACUGUUAUAACCUCUUUAACAAUUUACCUUAACCAAUAUCAUGACUAAAUACUUUUUGCCUUCUAUGCUGUUGUAACUAUAACUUAAAAAUCCCAAUAAUUUCUUCAAACUUCAAACGGAUCUUCCCACAGAAUCGGAUUUCAUAGCAUUUACUGAGUCUUCUUAACCAGCAAGAUCUCACACGUGGCUUGUACUUGAAUUUGGAUUUGAAAAUGGUGAAAAUAUUUGCAUCUCUCCCCACUGGGCUGAGGUUUUUCUCUCAGUUUUCUUCACCAUUACUAGCUUUACUACUCUCUCUUCUCCGCUCUCUUUUCACAUGAGUGCGAUCAUAUAUCAUGUUUGUUCCGAAAACCAACUCAACUGACCCUUCUCACUGUACUGCUUUUCCAUCAUUCCACCUUCAAAACCAGCUAUAGAUAUGACGGUAAAAGGCGGUACAAGCCCGGCCUGUGCUUCCUGCAAAUACCAGAGGAGGAAGUGCUCGUCCGAUUGCAUCCUUGCCCCUUAUUUUCCGGCUAAUCAAGCAAAGGCGUUCCAGAAUGCACACAGGCUUUUCGGGGUGUCCAACAUUAUGAAAAUACUUAAGCAGCUGAAUACUCUUGAACAGAAGGAAGAAGCAAUGAAGUCCAUUAAGUACGAGUCAGAUAUGCGUGAGAGGUACCCGGUUUAUGGUUGUGCAGGGAUCAUCCACCAACUUCGUCAGCAACUGCGCCUAACCAUUCAAGAACUCCAACACGUGUAUUCGCAGCUUGCUUUCUAUCGCGAGCAGUAUCUUAAUAAUCACCAGGUGGUUCCAGCUUCGGAUUACUCUCCCCAAUCACAAUUACAGUUAGGCAUCAAUGGUAGUAUGGAUGCUCCGCUAGUUUUUCAACAUCAUUCUGCUGGCAACAGCAGCCAGGACUACGAAAUGCCUUUUGUGAUGGAUAUCCCUAUGCUGAAUGAGAAUUAUGGAAAUGGCAAUGAUGCUGUUCAUCACGCUGCUGAAUCCAUUGAGCAUCUCGGCUUGGCCAAACCUUUGUUGGGUGUGGACAAUUUCUACGGGCAAACAGAUGCUUACUAUGAUUUGAUGAGAAAUAAUAACCCAGUCUUGAAUCAAGUUCCGGUUGCAGCUGAUGCAGAACAUACAUUUGGAGUCAACCCAGAAAUACGACAUUUGCAGGACUAUGAAAAUAUGGAAUUCAAUGCAGCAGUGGAUGACAGAGUGUCUUACAUUGAAACUAAGGAAGCUUCUGAAUCCAGCUCAAGAUCCUCAUUUCCGGAUUUUCCAGAGUCUGUAGAGCAUGUGUCCAACAAUGAGCUAAGGAAUGCAGCAGCAUGCUUUAGCCUCACCAGUGUCAACUAACUAGAAGAGAGGGAGUAGACUUUUUCCAUCAGAUAUCUCUUGUAUAAUAUCUUUCCUAUGAUUCUUUCAAAACUUCUAUAUUCCAUACUUUUAGCUCUCUUAUCUUAAUAGGCACACGGACAAAAACACAAAAGGUUUAUGAGUUGAAAAUUUUCCCUUGUAAUAAUAAGAGCUGUUAAUAACAAUGUUUCAAAUCCAAGAUGUACCUUCAUGAAUUCUCACAUAUCGCAGAGCGAAAGCCCAAAUAAAAAGCUUCUAAUUCAGGAUGAAGAUUGAACAUAAAAUACAAACCAAAGAUAAGGAAAAUCAAUAUGCAUAACCAAGAAGGCAGUAUACAAAUUGUGGAAAGUUCAAAACAAACACAUUGCAUCUUUACAACAGUCACAGAUUAAUCCUUAUUUAUAAGUUCUCUUGGUAGCCUAAAUAGACUAGAGAUUACCUUCGUCUCAGACUAAGGGAAAGCAACUCAGGAGGCUCCCAAGAACAAUAUUUACAUGUGCAAUACGUUAAGAAUGUGUAGUAUACAACAAGUUGGAUUACUGUUACUCCAUGCAAUGACAAGCAUGGUUUAUAAAUUGGAAACAAAUCAUAACCUUAGAAUACCUCUCUCACUUAGCUGGUUCAUGAUUCGCGAUGCAUCAUUCAACCUAUUCGCUCUUUCAUAUAUACCAGAAACAACUAGAUGCAACUCUUUCUUGUUAAUAUUUGGAUUGGAGUCCAGUUGCCGAAACAAAGAUUCCACCAUUUCAAAAUCCUUUCUUCCGCCAUAAAGACUCAGCAUCUGAAAGUGAACUUCAUCUGAGAAAGCACAACCUUCUUCCUGCAUUUCCUUAUACAAGGAAUCUGCCUUCUCAAACUCAUGCAGCUUGCCGUAAGCAUUCAGCACUAGAGAAAUAACAUUAGAACCUGGAUAGUAUCCUGCCAAUCUCAUCUUUGCAAACACCUCAAGUACAUUUGUGUAUUUUCUAUUUCUGGAGAAUAAAUCUAUCAUGCUCUCGAAAACUGCUAUAUCUUUUAUUUCACCAGCAUCAAAGGCUUGUCGGAAAACCCAUGUUGCCUCUUCUAUUCGACCAGCGCGAGCCAGAAUAGUGAUAGCUGUUCCCCUUGGAAUAUUAUCAGGGCAUUUAAGCUCAUGUAGCAAGCGUUUGGCAUGAGCAACCAAGCCAGCCUGCUCAUAUGCAACAAUCAUAGUCUGGUAAAGCACCUGAUCUAUUUGAACACCAGAGCUUCGUAGUUUCUGAAACAGCAUUGCAGCACGAUCCAACUUCCCUACCUUGCCCCAUAUGGAUAUUAUUGUUGAAUAAGUAAUGGCAUUAGGUUCGAUCCCUCUAUUUUUCAUAUCUUGAAUAAGAUUAUUUGCCUUUUCGUGUUCCAUGGUCUUUCCAUAUAUCUUGAUCAUGGUGUUAUAUGUGACAACAUUCUGCUCAAUACCCUUUCUCUGCAUCAGCCUAAACAAAUGUAUGGCUUCCCCAAAAAGCUCAGCCUCUCCGUAUACCUUCAAGAGUGUAUUGUAACUAACGACAUUCUGCUCAAUUCCCAUCUUCCUCAUACUCCAGAAAAGCCUAUCUGCUUCCUUGGCCAUAUCAAGCUGCCCGUAUACGUCAAUCAUAAUGUUGCACGUAGUAAGGUCAAGUGGACACCUGACCUCAUUCAUCUCAGAAAAGACUGACAUUGCUUCCACGAACUUGUGAUUCUCCACAAACAUGUUCAAAAGCGUGGAAUAGCUUACUGUAUCUGGAACAACUCCAGCCGAUCUCAUCUCUUUAAUUAACAUCCUAGCUUCCCGGAAAAGCUUAGCUUUCCCGAACACAUUAAUCAUUGUAUUAUAGGCGACAAGAUCAGGUGUAAUUCCGGACCUCUUCAACCUCGUGAAAAUAGAAAUAGCCUUGGAAUAAUCGCACAGUUUGCGUGAUAAUUCAAUCAGGUUGCUAUACAAAACCAGAUCACCAGACACCCGAUCAUUUUCCAUCUUCUGAAGCCAGGACAAAGCAUCAUCAAACAGACCCUCUUUCCCAAAUUGGGUAAUGAGAGUAGAGUAAGUGUACCUAUCUGGAGACAGAGCUCUCUGACGCAUUUCAUCAAACAGACCGUGGGCCAACUCCCAUUGCUUAGCACGAAGCACAUUGCGCAGCACAACGUUGUACGCGAACACCGAGGGAGUGUAAAGGGCUUCCUCGUGAAUCCAAUCGAGCAACGCAAGCGACCGUUGCCAAUCCGGCUCCUUAGACAGCAAUCUCACCAUGAACCGAAUCGACAGCGACCGGUCUUUGUAAGGCGACAUUAAAGCGUAUAGUUCCUGCUCGUUGGUGGUUUGCCCAAUUGACGACAAAAGCUCCUCCAUGUUGAAGCACCGGUCGAUAUAGUCGGCACCGUUCUGCUUCCGGCGGUAAACAUGGUGUGUGGGUGAGGGAUUUGACUGAUUACUGCGCCAGACAUCUUUGGACGGGGAAGAAGUGGCUGCAGAGAUUACGAGGAGUUUAAAUCGGCGGUGACGAAAUGAGGUGACAUUUUUAUACGCCGCCGGCCCGGCGGGGACGACGGCGGUGAGACAGUUGUGCGGGAAAGAAGAAGACGGAAGAUUCACGUGCAUGGAAAUAGCGCAAAGCCGACAUGAGCUCAUUCGGCUGAUUUGAGGCGGGAGAUUAGUUCUUGCCCCUCAAAUGCUUUUCAGCUUUAUCCUCUCCAAGAAUCUUUUUUCUCUUUUUU